AUGGAGCACUGCGGCUGCGAGAGCGACAGCCGACCUGGGCCCAGGGCUUGGGACAUGCUGAGCAGGAUGGUCGGAAACAAGGACAUGAUGGUCAUGGAGGUCGGGGUUAAGACGCCGACGCCAAGGGCAGCGAAUGCCACAGCACGAAACCUCACGGCCGCUCUCCGCCCGCACUCCCACGCGAGUCGCGCUGGAUGUUGCGGCAGCUGCGGCACGCGGCGCAGCCUCAACGGCGCUAGGCUCCUCUUCAGCCGCGACGAGGCGGCCUCGGUCGCGGCAGCUGGAAUGUGGCGCCGGCCACCGCAGGAACGCCGGCCCCUCAGGGUCGGCGGGUAUGGCGGCGACGCCGGGAGGUCGGCCACGGAGGGCUUGCUGCCCACGGCUCCUGACGGCUGUCGCACGGACAGGGACGGACCAUCGCAAGACCUGGCCUGGAACAUCGCCAUCCUGCAGAGGCUCGCGUUGCGCAACCCUCAGGAUUUGAAGCGGCUGGUGCACGCGAUCGCAGUGUUCUGGCUCGUAGCAGCGUCGGCGUUCUUCAAGCACGCCACGGGAAUAAUCAUGAAGGACCUCAGCGCGGAGUUCGGCGAGGAGGCCGGGGAGUGGCAGCGGUCGCUGGAGCUCUUCCUGGAGGUUGGGCGGCGGGACCUGGAGAGCACCUCCGUGGGUCACAACUAUGCGCUGUCCGCGUGCCGGCAGGGCAAGCGCUGGAGGCACGGCUUCGAGAUCAUGAUGGCCAAACGGGACUUCGAGCCAGACUUCCGCCUGAAGCAGGACCUGGAGGCGCAGUCGAGGGGCCUGGAGCGCGCCCCGCUCCCGGAGCCCAGCAGCCGCACUACGCCCUCGCCGGAGGGGACAACGUCUGGCAGCGGAAGCAGCAGCUCCGGGAGCUCCGCGAGCAGGACCGACAAGCGGCGCCAGGAAGAGAGGCGGUUGGAGGAGGAGCGGUUGCGGAGAGAGCAGGAGCAGCAGGAGAAGCGCGAGAAGAGGGAGUUCGACAAGUCCGGGAAGGCCCCAGAGCCGUCCACGUGGGUGGUUAAGAAGGGCCUCCCGGAGGGCGAGGGCGACGACAUGUUCACCCUGAAGGCUGGCACCACCUUGGAGACGAUGAGGAAGGCGGCCGAGGAGAGCACCCCAGCUGCGUGGGCUUCGCCUACUGGCCGAAGGAGAGCGCAAGUGGUUCCCCAAGCGCAGAGACAGCGGCUUCACGCCGUCGACCAAGUUCCGACAGAAGCAUAA